CAGUUUAUUGAAACAAUUUAUUCUUCUUGCCAGAAGUAACUCUAUAUUAUUGUCAUAUCUUUAUGUAUAAGGUUAAUUUUGUGCAAGAAGUUUCCAAACGAGUGGUCGAGUUUCCAUUCAUGCUUUUAUUUUUAACGUUGGGUGAAAGUAUUUUUGACUGUUGAAGAGGACCGUAUUUCAAAAAAUGUGCCACUUUUUAAUUCUAGCCGUCAUCUUGAUGGUAACAGACUUCACUGUGGGAGUGAAUGUCUUUUGUCCAACGAAACGCUAUGUGGUCAUCCUAUUUCAGCCUGUGACUCUUAAUUGUGACUACACCACCACAGCCACAUCGCCUCCUAUCAUCACCUGGAAGUAUAAGUCAUUCUGCAGAGACCCAAUUCAAGCCGCCUUAAACCCUGGAAGUGCAGAGAACACCUUGGCCCAGGCCAACCCCAACUAUAACCCUAACAUUGAGUGUGCAGACAGUGCGAGGACCGUACGCAUCGUGGCUUCUAAACAGACUGCAGUCACGCUAGGAACCGAUUACCAGGGCCGCAAAAUGAGCAUCCUCAACAAAGCGGACCUCAACAUUGCACAGACUGCAUGGGGUGACAGCGGUGUGUAUGUCUGCAGUGUUGCUUCAUCAGAGGACCUCUCGGGAAAUGGGGAGGACUACACUGAGCUUAUUGUGUUGGAGAGAAAGUCAAAUACUACAGACCUGCUGCCUGGCAUUGACUUACUGAUCAUGGAAGACUGGCUGUUGGUAGUGUUGGUGGUGCUCGGGUUCCUGUUGCUGCUGCUCUUGAUCGGCAUCUGUUGGUGUCAGUGUUGUCCUCACACAUGUUGCUGUUAUGUGAGCUGUCCCUGCUGCCCAGAUCGCUGCUGCUGCCCACGGGCACUCUAUGAAGCUGGUAAAGCAGUGAAGGCAGGAGUUCCCAGCCAGUAUGCAGCAAGUCUCUUUGCCCCCAGCAUGUAUGGGCAGCCGGUAUAUGCUGUGGGGGCUCAACCGCCUCCCAUCCCAAUGCUUCCUAUGCCACAGGGUGUGACUGGCGUGCCCCCUAGUGGCUAUGGCAGGGAGUUUGACACAGCCAGUUCAGUUGGUCAUGGAUCUCAGGUACCACUGCUACAUGACCAUGAAGGAGGUGCAGGCCAGACUCGCAGUGGUUAUCGCAUCCAGGCAAAUGAAAAUGGGGACCCUACUCGAGUGCUGUACUACAUGGAACGAGAAUUGGCCAACCUGGACCCCACUCGCCCAGGAGAUGCAGCAGGCAAAUACAGUCGCCCAGUGGAUAGCCUAAGUGAGAUCAGCUCCCUGCAUGAUGGCGGUGACCCUCGUAAUCGUGGUCGUGCCAGACCUCCACAGCUGACCACAGUGUAUGAUGACGAAAACAUGAGUACCAUCAGCAGUGUGUCACAGAACAUUCGCAGAGAUGACCCCAGAAGGCCUGGGCCUGGACCUGGACCUGCACAUGGACCUGGGCAUGGACCUGGACCUGUGGGCAGCCGUGGCCGUGCUCGUUCAAUGGAUAAUCUUGAUGAUAUUGGCCGCCGUUACAGAGACCAUGAUAAUUCUUCCCCUAGGGACAGAGGAGGCAGGAGAGGCUCGGGUGAUGAAUGGAGCAGCAGUGCUCGUGGAUAUGAUCGAGACUUUGAAGAUCGACGCCGGCGUGACUACUCCCCAGAUGAUCAUCGCAGUGGUGACUCUAGGGGUGUAGGCUUUCAGGGCCGUCGCAGCCGUAGCCGUGAUGACCUGAUGGACCUGGAGCGUGAGAGGGGUCGUGGAGGCCGAGAGGCAUAUGAUGACAGCUUCCUACGGGAAGCUAUGGAGAGGAAGAAACUGGGCGAGCAGCAGCGGGCUCGGAGCCGCGAGCGCCUGGGCAGCGACAGUGAUCGCUCUGACCGCUACAGGGGUGCUCAAGGGGGGCCACCCCCACUCCCCCUCACCCGGCCUGCAGGAAACCCUGAUCGCCGUGGCAACAGCAGCUUCCCACCUCCUCCUCCCUACAAUGAGGAUACUGAUAGCUUAGCGUCGUCCAAGAAGAGUAACCUGCGCAAGAAUGGGGCUGUGAGUCGUGAGAGUUUGGUGGUGUGAAGCAUAAGCUCAGUGAGCUCUCUCAGCAAGACGCUUAUUUGAUGUAUUUUGUAAGUUUGUGUCUUUCAGUGUCAGUUACAUGUUCAUCACAAUGAGCGUGUGAUGCCAUACUCAUUUACUGUAUUGUUACUGUUUUAAUCUUUUUAUGAAUUUGUGUGGUGUUACGAGCAAAAUUUGCAUCUGUAUAUUUUUAUGCUUACAUUUAAAAAGCUAUAUUUUGCUAAACUGAGAUUUUGAAAACUCUUGAGUCCAUCACACCUUUUAUUCAUUGUAGAAUUGAGUAUUUUUUAAUGGUGUACAGAUGACUGCAGUAAUAAUUGAUUUAACAGAUAUGUUUCAGCUUUUUAAGCUCAAAAACAAAGUGUAAAAAAGAACUUUUCAGAUUUCUUGCUUUGUAAUAUUUUUUUUCUACAAUAACUAAACUUAAUAUAAUAAAGGUUUCCUUGCUGCUCAGUUUAUUACCAUAACGGCAAUGCGUAGUCAUACCUGUACCUUGCUAAUGUCUAAUGAUCCUUGCAUACAAAAAGCUGUUGGCUGUCUCUUGUAUGUUAAUAUUUGAAAUGUGAUAAAUGUGCAUUUCCCGUAUUGUCUGGUUUGCCUCUGAAUUAACCAGAGAUUGUGUAAAUUGUUUCAUACAUUUUCAUAAAGAUUUUCAGUAAUUUGCUGUAGUUGUAUAUUUUUUCAGCUAUGAUGUCUUAGCUGUUUUGUUAUUGGUUUACAAAUCAUCUGGCAAUAAAUCUUUCCUACAUGA